AUGCCCCCGAUUCAUCACCCUUCCCUGGCAACAACAUUGCCGACAUCUAUACACAUUUUGUCAAGAGCUCAGAAGCACAAGCGAUUCCCAAUCGAGUCCGGCGCAACGCUUGUAGCCGAUGACGACGACUUCAUCAACGACCUCGACAAUGUGUCAGAUUCCAAACAGUGGUUUGAUGACGAUUGCGAGGAUCGCAACCUACUCCAAGGAACGGACAUCGUCACCAUCGAAAACUCCGAUUAUCCCUCUCGACAGUCGCAACUGGUACUCGAACCGUUCAUUCUGGGGAUGACGGCUGCACACCCCGACCUUCCCCUCCAAGAUAGCUCAACGACAAUAAAAGUGCUGUUUCUCAGCAGUACUACCCCGUCCCAGUCUAUCACCCUACCGCCCAAGCCUCCAGAUACGAAGCUCAUCGUCAACCGGCGCCAACAGCAAGUAUGA